GUCUCCUGUUGGGUUUUGUGGUUGUAUCUAAAAAUGGUCACCAUGGCUGCAGAGAGACAUGAAACCAUCAUAACCAGGCUGAGCUGUGGUUCAUCUUGUAGCUCUAAUCUAUGAUGUUCACAGUCUGUCUGCUUCCCUGACUGAGUGAAGCCAGAGAUCAGCAGCAGAUAGAAACAUGCAGCAGGUAGUUUGGAUCAGUCUGGUUCUGCUGAAUGUCGUCUGGAUCUCCUUCUUUUUAACUCCAGAUCUGGACUUCUCAGUGUUUGUGCGGAGGAAAAGCGUCAGCAGCUCUGACGAGAUGUUCAGGACGACGUUCUGCCUUCAGCCGGACUCUGACAGGAAGUGGACGUCCGCUGGACCUUCAGCCAGCGGUCCAGAUGAAGACGUCAACACCGUCACAGAACCCACUGUGAACAGAAAGAAAACUCAACAUGAAGAAUCCAACCCAGACGACAAGUUUCCAACAUCUGCAGCUCCUGAUCCUGAUGGGAACAACUUGGGUGAACCGACCGUAUCUGCUCACGAACAGAGACUGACUUCACCACCAGGACUGAGCUCCAGCUCUGAUCUUGUUGCAACGAUUCCAACAACUCCCAGAAAUCAGAGGAUGGACGUCGGCCGAACCGGUCAGCAGGAACCACUCACUACUGUCAGACAAACGAGUCUAGCUUUUCCUGAAGAGUGCUGCUUUGUGUUAAUGAAACGACCCGUGAACGAGAAGCUUAUCGCUUCCGUUGAUUUGACUGAUCCCUGCUGCCCCAUUAACGCAGCCAUCUUGAUAACAAAAAAGGCACAACAUCUCUGUGUGGAUCCAACGGAACCCUGGGUGAAAAGGAUUAUUGAUUUUCUCCAGACAAGGGAUUUGAAUGGACCGACUCUGUCCACUCCUUACAAAAGCCUGACUCUCUCUGAGGUCAGUUCAUCACCGAUGCCGAGGCAGGAGAUUCCAACGACUCCACGACAUCAGAAGAUCAACAUCACCCUCAGCCCACCCAGAACAGAACCAGAACGUGGAGCUGGUCCGGUUGAGUGCUGCUUUCAAAUUUGCAAAACUCCCAUCGACGGAAGAGAGAUCGCUUCGUUUCACGUGACUGAUCCUCUGUGCCCCACAAGUGCAGCUGUUUUAAUAACAAAAACAGCAGAACACCUCUGUGCGGAUCCAAAGGAACAGUGGGUGAAAAUGAUUAUUAAUUUUCUAGAGAAAAAGGCCCCAUAAGGGAACUUCACGGUGUCCUGCUCCAUCAGAUCAUGUGAAGAAUAAUAAAACACAUGUGGCAAAGUGAUCAUGUUUUUAGUAUCAGAAUAAUGUCAUUCAAGUAAUCAAAGAUUUAGUUUUAAAGGUAAAAUAAUUGUUUAUUUUCUUUAAAAAAAAAACUGUUUUGUACAUUUUGUAAACUAUCCUAGAGCAGGGAUUGUAACCAGAUGUCUGUUUCGAUUACGAAUGA